AUGGGGCCAUCCAUGGGUGUCACACCAAUCCCAUCUAUGCCUAUUGGCAUACAGGCUAUGCCAUCUGGCAUAUCAGCCAUGCCGGCUGGCAUACCUGCUAUGACAUCUGGCAUGCCAGCUAUGGCUUCUGGCAUGCCAGCUAUGACAGCUGGCAUACCUGCAAUGGCAUCUGGCAUGCCAGCUAUGGCAUCUAUGACUCCUGGUAUGCCAGCUAUGGCAGCCGGCAUACCUGCCAUGGCAACAGGAAUGCCUGCUAUGCCAUCUGGCGCAGCGACUAUGCCAGCUGCUGUACCUACGAUGGCAGCCGCGCCACCUGCCGCUAUGGUCAAGUCGGGCAGCCAGGACUCAGUGGAGGCGCUAAGCAGCAGCGAGUGGGGCGUACCGCAAGCCAGCAAGCUCAAGUUCACGCAGGUAUUCAACGCCAUAGACCGCAACAAGAGCGGCUACCUGAGCGGGGUGAACGNGAAGGGAUUUGGGUGGAACUUGUCCUGCAGUAUAGUGGGUACCCGGCCAUACGUGCUUUCUGAGUCUUCGGCGGCCCCUGCUGUAGGGUCGGACCCUCAUCUAAUUUUGUUAGGUGUAACCCUCUCACCGCCACCCCUCUCACUCACUGUAACAAACGCACGCUUUGCGAUGAUAUCAGCCACCACCGCCACCGCCACCGCCACGAGGCCGCCGUUGGCGUUUGCACAAGGAGAGCCGCCACCACAGGCCGCCGCCUCGGCUGCCGCCGCCGCCACCAUCGGCGCUCUGAAUUUUGAAGACAAGCGGCGUGAGAACUUCAGCAAGGGGCAGGCGGAGCUGGAGCGUAGGCGUAAGGCGCUGCUCGAGGCGCAGCGUCGCGAGACUGAAGAACGCCUUCGCAGGGAGCGAGAAGAAGAGGCUAAGAAAGAGAAGGCUCGUGCUGAGGCUGAGAAGAAGAGGCAGGAGGAGCUGCGGCAGGAGAUGUUGCGCCAGCAGGAGAUGCAGGAGUUGAAGGAACAGGAGCUCAAGAGGCAGCACGAGCUCAAGGAACAGGCCAAAAAAGAUGCAGAGCUGCAGCGGCAGCAGGAGUGGGAGAAGCAGCGGCUGCAGGAGCUGAUGAGCGUCAGGCAGCGGCAGCAGGAGAGCCUCCUAGCACUCAAGGCCCAGAACCAGAGCCUGGCCAUCGAGCAGCAGACCAGGGACGAGCGCAUUAAGGAGCUGACGAGCAAGAUCAGCGAGACGCGCUGCAGCGUCACGGAGGUCAAGGCGACCAUAGACAACAUGAGGAGCACCCGCGAUACUCACAUGGCCGACAUGAACGCUCUUAAGGCCCAGGCGCGCGACCAGAACCAGAGGUUACUGGUAGUUAACCAGGAGCGCGCUCAGCUGAAGGCUCGCAGUGCGGCGGCCGCGGGGGCGGCGGGGGGCGGCGAGGCGCCGGCGGUGGACGCGAUGGUCGACGCUAAGCGCAUCGUCAUCGCCCAGCUCAGGGAGAAGCAUCAGGAGCUGCUCGACCAGGUGUCUGCCAAGGAGCAGGACUUCAACAACAACAUCGUGGCCCUGAGGACGCUCAAGGAGGAGCUCAAGGAGAGCGUUGAGCGCGUGCAGUUAAAACACAACCACCUGGUGUUGCAGGUGGCACUGCUGCAGUUAACAGUUGGCUCGCAGGGUCGGCGCUCCCUCCACCCCAAUCGGAGGUGGGGCAUCAUCCCCCGGGUGCUGGGGGCCGCCCUGGCGCUGUUCACAUGGACGCCACAGCGCAGCAACCAGCUUGCCAUCACCCCCGGCCAGCGUUUACUGCUCAGGGAGCAAGCCUGUGACUGGACAUACGGGGAGUGUGGAGACCGCAGGGGCUGGUUCCCCUCAAACUACGCCACCCUGGACACCACCAACCCCACCGUCCCCCCUGCCACCACAUCCCCACCGCCUCCUCCCCCACUUCCUGACUUCAUAGCUCACGACGAGCCAUCAAGUGGCACUGCAGCAGCUGGCACUGUAACAGUUGGCUCGCAGUUCCGUGGCUUGUAUCAGUUCGAGGCUCGUAACGACGACGAACUUUCCUUCAUGCCUGGUGACGUCAUCACGGUGACCCUGCUGGAGGGGUCAGACCCGGGGUGGCUGGGGGGUGAACUGGGGGGCAGGACAGGCUGGUUCCCCGAGGCCUAUUGCGAGUUUAUUGAGGGGUCGGCGCCCCCUAUACCCCUACCGGAGGUGGGGGAGGUGGGGGCGCCGUCCCCCAGAGUACUGGGGGCCGCCCUCGCGUUGUUCAUAUGGACGCCACAGCACAGCAACCAACUGUCCAUUGCUCCUGGCCAGCGUCUCCUGCUUAGGGAGCGAGCCUGCGACUGGACGUACGGGGAGUGUGGGGACCAGGGGGGCUGGUUCCCCUCUAACUACGCCGCCCUGGACACCACCAACCCCACCGUCCCCCCCGCCACCACCUACCCACCCCCUCCUCCCNGUACGUCUGUUCUUCUGAUAUUUUCAACCGAGCCCGGCGACCUUAUUUUCGGCGCUGGUGAGGUGGUGCUGGUGGUGCAGCGUGAUGGUGACUGGUGGACCGGCGUGUGUGGUGACAACCAUGGUGUCUUCCCGUCUAACUUAGCCCACGACGAGCCAUCAGAGUUCUACGUCAGCAACUUCGCUUACGAGGAGGAGCUCAAGGAGAGCGUUGAGCGCGGCAAGGAGCUCUACGCGCGCUUCACCAGCAAACGAAACCAGUGCGACUGGACGUACGGGGAGUGUGGGGACCAGGGGGGCUGGUUCCCCUCUAACUACGCCGCCCUGGACCUCACCNGGUCUUGCUAUCUCGUAUCGCUGAGACAUGCCUGGGGCUACAGGCAUCAGUACACGUGUUGGUCUGAACUAAAGUGGUCUUGCUAUCUCGUAUCGCAGAGACUUGCGUGGGCUACAUAUUUCACUAAACAUGUCGCCCCAAAUGACACAAAUAACAAUUACCAGGCAAAAGGCAAGAAGCGCCAGGUGGGGUGGUUCCCUGCUAGCUACGUCAAGGUGCUGGGUGGUGGCUCAGCCUCUGCCCGGUCCACGCCCGUCUUCCAGGAGGCCACCAACAUCCUGGACGCCCCGCCCGCCCAGACGCCGCCCUCCGUCGUCCAGAACUCUGGCGUCGUCCAGAACUCUGCCAGCGCCCAGAACUCUGUCGCCCACAAUGCUGAUAAAGCACCUGCUGCUGAUGCUGCUGCACAGCCUGCGCUGCCCGGUGAGAGUUACUACUGGGGUUGCGGUAUGAGGGAGGGGAGUGUGCUCCUCGGCACUGCGAACCUCGAGCCUGCAGAUGUUAAGGAACCUGAUGCUCCUAAACCUGCACCUGUAGCACCUGUAGCACCUGCAACACCUGCAACACCUGCAGCAGCUGCAGUAGUCUCAGAUGCUGAGGCGGCAUCAGAUGCCGAGGCAGCUGCUGAAGUCGCCGCUACAAUGGCCAAGUCAACUCGGCAAGAAUCUCAGAAGCGCUCUCGUCGGUCCCACUCUUCUUCCAGCCUCUUCUCUGAGAAGAAGCUCUCAUUAUUCAGCGCGGGCAAAGGCAGCAAGAAGCCAGAGAUCGCAACUGUGCUGGCGCCCUACGAUGCUACGUCCAGCAACCAGCUGAGCCUGCAGCGCGGACAGCUCGUUAUGAUCCGCAAGAAGACCGCCUCAGGCUGGUGGGAGGGCGAGCUACAGGCAAAAGGCAAGAAGCGCCAGGUGGGGUGGUUCCCUGCUAGCUACGUCAAGGUGCUGGGUGGUGGCUCAGCCUCUGCCCGGUCCACGCCCGUCUUCCAGGAGGCCACCAACAUCCUGGACGCCCCGCCCGCCCAGACGCCGCCCUCCGUCGUCCAGAACUCUGGCGUCGUCCAGAACUCUGCCAGCGCCCAGAACUCUGUCGCCCACAAUGCUGAUAAAGCACCUGCUGCUGAUGCUGCUGCACAGCCUGCGCUGCCCGAGCGUGUGGAGGCGCUAUACCCCUACACGGCCGUGAACCCCGACGAGCUCACGUUCAGCGCUGGUGACGUCAUCGUCGUGCUGGACCGCGAGGACGCGGCCUGGUGGCGGGGGCGACUAGGCGCCAGCGAGGGGGUCUUCCCUAGUAACUAUGUGCAGGCGGUCGUUGGCGGGGGCGGCGACAGCUUCGCCGCGCAGGUAUCACAGAUCGCCGCUGCCGCUGCUGACUUCGGCGUCGACUUGGACGACGGCAACCUUUGUUGUGAGGCGUUACGUGUACGUCACGCGAACAGCGCCGACGGCCGCGUCGUCAUGAUUGGUGACGUGCUCUGCCAGCAGGUGCGCGGACUGACGGCCUACAUGAGGUUCUGCAGCGUACAGCUCCGCGGCUCUGCGCUCCUCUGUGAGAGACCGCUUCUGAAGCACACCCCGCGCCAGCACCCUGACCACCAGAACACCGUCGACGCGCUCCAGGAGUCCAACAAUCUCUGCCAGCAGGUAAAUGAAGCCGUGGCUGAGCGCGACAACACUGAGAAGCUGGAGUGGCUGCAGAAGAACGUGCGUCUCACGGACCUGCCUGAGCGACUCGUCUUCAAUUCUUUAACAAACUUCAAACAACAGAGAAAGCUGCUCUACAUGGGACCUAGCAAGAGUGGCAGGGAGGUGCUGGUGUUCCUGCUCAGCGACUUCCUGCUGCUGUGUACGGCUCAGCGCUCCCUCGCCUCCUGCAGCGGUUCCCUCUCUGCCCUCACUCGUGCCCUCAGCACCACCGCUGCCACGCUAUAUAAAAAGCCCAUGCUGCUGGAGCAGCUCAAGGCCGUACGCAGCGAGAACAAGGACAACGAACUCGAGCUCAUUUACUGCAGAGGAGAAGAGGUCGUGUCGAUGGUGGCGAGCUCGGCGACGGAGCGUGACAGUUGGUUGCACAAGAUCAACGAAGCGCAGCGUAAACUGCGCGAGGCGCGAUCCCUGCUGUUCUCGCGCCUACAGUCCGAGGAGCAGCAAGGUGUGGUUGGGCGUAUCCUGGUCACCAUCCUUCACGCCAACCAUGUGCCUGCGGUCAACCACAGCGGUGACAAGACGGAAAGUUUCUGCGAAGUGAGCUUAGGUUCUCAGGUGCGAGAGACCGGACGCUGUUGCGGCCAGAAGCCUCACUGGGACUCCUCCAUGCAGUUCUACAUCAAGAGUCUCAGCGACGACCGGCUCUGUAUCACACUUAUGCUCAAGGGAUACUUCCGACCUAACG